AUGGGUUUUAAGAAUCCAAAGACACGCAAGGGCAACAAGGAGCCCAACUACGAGGAUGACAAGGUCGAGCGCGAUCUUGACCCGACCAAAAAAGUGCUUAGCGGCGGCGGCAAAGUAGCCAAAAAGAACAACCGCAACACCUCUGACGCGCCAAAAGCAUUCCAGCACAUAAUGAAAUUCAUGGAGAUGAAAAAACGCAACGACCAAGCCAAACAACAACAAAAACAAAAAGAACAAACCAUUGCAGCAUCAGCAGCAGGAAAGAAGCAGACUACGGUGGGCCCCAAGGCGAUCACGGAGGAUCUCAAAAUCAUGCCUGGAGAAACAAUGGGAGAGUUCAACAAGCGUGUUAAGAACAAGAUGGAGAACAAUAUGCAGCUGAUUGGGUCUAGCUUUGAGGCCAAGGCCAAGGGCAAUUCUAACCCGGCCAAGGACGAAGGUGAUGAGGUUGUGGUGUCUACAAGAUCCGAUCGCAAAAAGCGCAAUGACGCAGUAAGGAAACAGCGCAGACAGGCGAAGAAAAAUAAGAACAAGGAUUCGGACGACGACGAGGAUGAUCAGGCUGCGUAUGCCAGAAGAAAGGCAUCUGCUGCAGCUCAGCCGAGAUUCGGCGAACAAGCCGAGGCGCCGCCGAUCUUUAAGGCACUGCCUAAACAGAUGUUCAAGAAAAUGGUCCCGAUGCCAGACUCCAAGGAGGAGGCCCAUGCGACGAAGAUUAAGGAGGAGGUUGCGGUUAAAAAAAUGAUCCAGCGUACGGCCCGGUUGUCCCCGCUUGAGCGCAUGCAGGCCAAGCGCAAGGCUAAGCUUGAGGGUCCCUCUGGUGACACGGCGGCGGAGAAGCGCAUUAUUGAGGCAGAGCGCGAAAAGGCUAUUCGCCGCUACCGCAUGCUGCGCGUAGCUCGUGAGUCUGCUAAACAUAAAAAGUAA